GUUCAGUGUAGUGGCCACCAUUAAUUAAAAUCUUAUUUUCUUUACCGAACACACGUUAACAUUACAAAUCAUUAUAUAUUCAUUAUAUUGUUGCACAUAUCUAAGUUUAAUAGUUAUCAAUUAAUUCAAUACAUUGUAUAACUACAAACAUAAACAGAGUACAACAAAUAAAGAAUGGCCAAGAUCUGUUUUAUUUGGUUUUUGCCUUAUAGAUCAUUAGAGACUAGAGAAUUUUACAACAAACGAUAUAAAUAUAGUUCUUUUUGCCCCUGAUAUAUACGUUUUGAGAAUUUACAUACAUAGCUAUGCAAAUAUAUGUCUUCAGUGCAGUUCAAGUCGUAUAUUAAUUUUGGCCAUUUUCUUUGUGUAUAUUCACACGCUUCAACGAAGCAACAUAACAUAUUGAUACAUAUUUAUGUACUUACAUAUAUAUGUUUUUAUACACGUUACUCGUAGUGGAAAAGGGUGUACUAUAUUUACAGAUAACUAUGUAUGCAUGUAUACAAAUGGCAAAAGGAAACGUCCGUGUGAACGCUGUGAUCUCGGAAACUACAUAUGUACAUAUAAAAGCUAUGUGUACAUGUGUAGAAACUUGAGAUUAGGCCUGCCGAUUUUUAUGACAAAUUUCUUACAAAGCUCCUUUUAAAUAAAUAUGUAUAUAAGAACUAAUUGUGAAACUAACCUUUUUCAUUUUAUUUAUGUUUAAGGAUCUGCAAUAAAAUACAUUUCACGAAAGGCGAAAAUACAUUUAUUUUGUUAAGGAUAAGACAGUUGGAGAGGAAACCCAAGAACAAUGCUCAGACUAGCUAAAUCGGACCAAUUGCUAGUUUGUCUGUUUGAAAUUCAAAUACUACAAGCAAGAUAUAUUAUAAAUCAACAAAACCUAAUAAGACACAAGGCUGUGUAAAUAUUAUAAGAUUAGUAUUGUAACUUUAUCGAUAACUUGAGUUUAUAUGUAUCAUUUAAAUUUACAUCAUAAAUCAUGAAGUUACUUGAAAGUUCACGUUUUGAGGCUAUCAAUAACGCUCUUUCUAUACAAACAAGUGGCAUCACGAUUUUUGGACGUAUAGAAAGUUACUCAUGCAAAAUGGUUGCAGCUGAGAAAGUAUUGUAUAAACGAUUUACAGCAGAUUCUCAUGGGCAUGACCUUCAGGCGUUAUCACCUCCACAAACUUUGGCUGACUUUUCGCCCAACUUUCGGCGAAACAACAGUCAAUCUGGAGAUGAAGGCAUUACUCUUUGUGAUACGAUUUCCAGAAAAACUUUGUUUUAUUUAAUUGCUACUUUAAAUGCGUCGUUUGAACCAGACUACGAUUUUUCUGAAGCAAAGCAAAGAGCCAUCAUUGCAGUGGGUUAUGAACUCAAUCCAUGCAAAUUUAUCGGCAUUAGCUGGAGAUCAGUAUCAAGUUAUUCGUCAACCAUUAUGGUCUGCCGUUGAUGACGAAGUGAUCCUUUCAGAAUGUGACAUAUACAGUUAUAAUCCAGAUCUAAGUUGCGAUCCUUUUGGGGAACCAGGCUGCUUGUGGUCAUUUAAUUAUUUCUUUUAUAAUAAGAAAUUAAAA